AUGGUCGCGACAGCUACUCUUCCGGCCCCCGUUGGGGAGCCCCAAAAGUUGGAGAAGAAGCCCAUCAAGUUCUCCAACUUGGUCCUGGGCGCCGGCCUCAACUUGUUCGAGGUGACCACCCUCGGUCAGCCCCUCGAGGUUGUCAAGACCACCAUGGCCGCCAACCGUGGUGAUGGCUUCACCACUGCCUUGGGACGUAUCUGGGCUCGUGGUGGUGCUCUCGGCUUCUAUCAAGGUCUCAUCCCCUGGGCCUGGAUUGAAGCCUCCACCAAGGGUGCCGUUCUUCUCUUCGUCGCCUCCGAGGCCGAGUUCUACGCUCGUUCUGCUGGUGCGUCCGAAUUUGGUGGCGGUAUCUUGGGUGGUAUCGCCGGUGGUGUGGCCCAGGCCUAUGCCACCAUGGGUUUCUGCACCUGCAUGAAGACAGUCGAAAUCACCAAGCACAAGAUGGCGGCGGCGGGUGUCAAGCCCCAAUCCACCUUCCAGACCUUCAUGGACAUUUACCGCAAAGAAGGCAUCCGCGGCAUCAACAAGGGCGUCAACGCCGUCGCCAUCCGCCAAAUGACCAACUGGGGCUCCCGAUUUGGUCUCAGCCGUCUUGCCGAAGGCUGGAUUCGCACCGCCACUGGUAAAUCCGACAAGGAGAAGCUGAGUCCCUGGGAGAAGAUCCUCGCUUCUGGCCUGGGUGGUGGUCUGUCCGCCUGGAACCAGCCCAUUGAGGUCAUCCGUGUCGAGAUGCAGAGCAAGAAGGAGGAUCCUAACCGACCCAAGAAGAUGACCGUCGGCAACACCUUCCGAUACAUCUACUCCAACAAUGGCAUCCGGGGCCUGUACCGUGGUGUCACUCCCCGAAUUGGCCUCAGUGUCUGGCAGACCAUUUGCAUGGUUGCCUUUGGCGACAUGGCCAAGACUUAUGUUGAAAAACUGACUGGUGACCAAGUCACUGCUAAGCAUUAA